AUAUAUCUCUAGUCUGAAAAAGAAGAAGAAGAUAAGAAGUGAAGAAAACUUAAAAUACUAGCUUCCGCGCUUAUUUUUACUAAAAUUUGCAUAAUAAAAUGCAUUUUUAUAAAAAAAUUUUCCCCAAAAACAUAUUAUGAGUUUGCGACAAUCGUUUAACGUAUCGAGUUACCGAAAGUGAAACGAAAUUGUGCCGUAAAUUGAAUGUUUGUCGGCCAAGAAACGUUCUAUAGUCGUCCAUCGCCUCUAACAACAAACAUAAAAAGGCAAAGAAGAUUGUGUGAAGUUUUUUUUUAGCAGAAAUCAAAUUCGCUAAGGUUUUUGUUUUUAGCGAAAAGCUAUGGCUUCUAACAGCACAUCGGAGGAAUUCGAUGUGGAACUGUUCGAAACGCGUUUGGAAGGCCUCAAAGAUACACAGGAUGGUAUACAGCAAAUGUCAGCGUGGUGUUUAAAACAGCGUGCACAUCACAAGAAAAUCGUUGCCUGUUGGCUAAAUGUUUUCAAAAGAGUUCGCGUCGAACAUCGUUUAGUUUUAUUCUAUCUAGCCAACGAUGUCAUUCAGUACAGUAAACGAAAACGCUUGGAAUUUGUUGAAAGUUGGGCCACGGCUCUACAAAAGGCAACGACAAUGGUUAGAGAUGAAAAAGUCAAAAAUAAAAUCCUUCGAAUCUUUAGUAUUUGGGAACAACGUGAAAUCUACAAUGAGGAAUUUCUCACAGACCUAUGUGGUCUAUUGAAUAUAGCACCGCCAAAGAAAACCCACUCAACCAUUGCUGAUUCGGAGGACUUUCAAAAUGCCAGUCUCAUCACAAGCAUUCGAGAAUGUGUGGAACUGUCAGAGUUAACCGAUAAAAGCUUUAAGAAAAUGCCAAAAGCACCCAAUUGUGAUAUAGAGAAUAUCAAACAACAUUUAAAAGAUAAAAGUCAUUCAGAUGACGUCGAAAAGGAGUUAGAACGUUAUGCUGCCUAUAUAGAGGCAUUUAAUAAAAAUCUACAAGCUGAAAUAAAAAGUCGCAAAAAUGUUUUGGCCAAUUUGGACACGGCUGUUAAGUUUUAUGCCAAUCAAAGGGGAGAAGUGAAAGUUGUUGUUAGUGCCUAUAAGAAUUUUGGCAGUCGCAUUAAAUUGGUUAAAAAGAAACUAGAUGAAAUAACACCAACUUUACCGAGUCCCAUACCUUCACCAGACAUAAAUGCACCAUCGCCAGAACCAGAUGCAGAUUUACAACUACCAGAUGAUCAAUCACCGAUAUCAAUGAGUUUUUUCAAAAACAUGAAUGGCUAUAGCAGCUAUUUGGAUGGAAAUUUGCCUUUUGAUAUAAACGAUUUUAAGUCUGAUGAAACCUCAUCUAAAACCUCAAGUCAACCGAUUGAAGUUAUUGGUUCAAGAUCUGAUGAUGAAAGCUUCAAUUCUACUACCGAAUAUUAUAAACCUGAAUCGAUAAGUGCUUAUCCCGGAAAUGAUAAUGUAAUGAUACCAGGUUUAAAUCCCAUGCCGGUGCCAUCUGGUGGUUACACAUCUUUGGCACGAUCAUCUCAACAAUAUAAUGAUGUUUUACCACCACCUCCAAAUCCUCCAAUGUUUGGAGGCAGCAAUAUGAUGCAAAAUAGCCUACAUCCGACCAUGAAUUCCGGUUAUGCGCCAAUGAAUGCACGUACAUAUAACAGCAAUGAAAGUUAUGAUCCGAAUGCCUACAGUCGAAUACCGUUAACGAAUAAUGGCCCUCCUGUCGGUAGAGGUGGAGUGCCGGGUGCAAAUUCUCAAGUUAUACCACAACCGCUUAUGCCACCACCACCAAUGCCACCAUCAAUGGGAUCAAUUGAUAGUACAGAAAAUGGUAAUGGUUCUAGUUUUAAUUCUGGCUGGGAUAUGGGUAUGCCGUGGAACAAUGCAAUGGACAGUUCAAGUGCAUCGACAUCAUCAUAUGGUAAUACGCCGAUAGAUACGCCGCUUUCACCGCCUCAUUUCGAUGUAGAUGCCCAUAAUGCCAGUUCAGCUACCUUAGAAUAUACAGAACAUGAUGGGAGCUUGUCAUCAGCUCAAGAUGUUGAUCAUCGCCAGCUACAUUUACCCGCUUUUGGUAUUGGUCCUAAAUUGGGAUUGAGUAAAGAAAAAACCCGUCAAUUGGAUAUUGAUCAUCGAAAUCUAAUAUCAUUAACUGGUUCACCGGGUGCAAAUGACAACGAUAAGAAAUCCUGGUAUCAAUCUAGCAAUGAGGCAACUAGCGAUGUUGAUUACCGUAUACUUGGGCAAGCUAUUAAAACAAUUGAAACUACAAUACUGCCUGCAGCUUUUAAUGAUACAUCCUCAAUAUCAUCGGUAUCAGCUGACGAGUCUGGAAAUAUUUCCAAAAUAUCUGCCGAAAAGCAUGAAAGCCCCACAAAAGAAUCCCAGAAUGAUGUAGCAGGUUUACAACAGCAACAAAAAACCGAAGGAGACGGUGGAGGUACGAGUGGUUAUGAUCCAACAGACAUGGUGGUUGAUAUGGAUAUGUCUGAUGAGGAUCUUGAUGAUAUAUUUAGAGAGGUAAAUGAACAAAUGGCAGAACAAUCGGCUGAAAAUAAUAAGGAUAUCGCCGGAAGCGGUGAAACAAAUGGUGGAGAUACGGAAGCAGGUGAAACAACGGAUGGUUUACCAUAUCAAAGACCACCGCUACUCGAAACGCCGGCUGAAUAUGAUCCUCAAACCAAUUGGGAUUGUCAAGAUUGGUCUCAACAAAUGUCUGCCAUGUCAUGGCAAAAUAACCGUGGAGGUCUGACCGGUGGAACACAUGGUGUGCCACCACCACCUAGACCGCCGUAUGGUAUGCAAUUCCCAUAUGGUGGUGUGGCGGGCAACGAUAACAAUCCAUUUGCUGUCCCUAGUGGCAGUCCGGCACGUGGUGGUUUCGCUCCAGGAACAAUUGGACGUGGACGUGGCGCUUGGGAUGGUUCGCCACAAAAUCAAUUUCGUAAUUUCCCCAGACCUCCACGAGGCGGUAGCAUGGGUGGUGGUUCGCCGUUUUUCAAUCGUGGGCGAGGUAAUCGAGGAGCCGGUAGCCCGAUGAUGAUGCGCGGCAGUCCCGGACAGGGAUUCCGCGGCAAAUUUCGUGGAAAAAAUAAUUGGAUUUAAAUUCACAAAACGUAAUUUAAACUUACUAAUAUAGUAGUAAUAAGUGAUAAAUUAACUGUUUAAACUGGAAACAAAAGUUAUGAAUUUCUAACAAUCUGUACAUAGAAUAAAUACAAAAAUCAAUAUUAUUAACACAAGUAUAGUUAUAUCGGGGGAAAAUAAGUUUUUUUUCGCGGAAUUUCUCUCCAGGAACACACAUUUUAAUACAAUUCCAAAUUAGUAGGACAUUUUAGAUUUAUACAAUAAAAAAACCAACAAUUAAAUGUGUAAAGUAACCUUUUAAAUUUUAGGACAGCAAAAAAAUGCAAAAUGAUGAAGCAAUUUGUAUAACAAAGAAAAACACUUUUACAAAAUUAAACAAUAAUUAAACUUAUUUUCCCUCAUUCGUUAGUAAUUAGGGUCCUCAGAAACUUCUUAAUAACAUUGUUGUUAUUACUAUAAUUAUCAUUAACUUAAAUAUAUAGUUUAAGUACCCUUUAUGAUUUCUAACAAGGAAGAAUACAAUUUCAAUAUUUGUUUUUUGUAAAAAUUGAAAAUAUUCUACCUUUACAACUUCUCUUUUUAAUUUAAAUUUUUGAUUUGAAUUCUCGACAGACAUGACUAAAACCGUUAGCCUUCAUCUUCCCCGCCCAGUUGUCAUUUAGACACCGACAUUUAAUUUUUUGUUUUAUUUUCAUUUUCAAAUCAAUUAAAUCAAGUUAUAUGUGAAUUAAGCUAUGUAAUUAGUUCCAAAAUCUAUUAUUACUAUCUUUAAUGACCACAAAAAUAUAACAAACAAAGAUAACAAUGAAGGAGAAA